AUGGACAGCGAGAGUCAACCGACUCUCGCACAAGAUAAGUACCGUACACUUUACGCUCCUGACAACCGCCAAAAUCCGUGUUUACAUUUUAGAACACUUGACAACUCGUCGUCCCAGCCGAUUAUUGGACCGAGGAUUUCAUAUUCACACGCCACAAACUCACCUCUGCACCUGUACUACCAAAACGCUAGCGGCAUGAACUCGAACAUCGAUGACUACCUGCUCGCCUUUUCUGACAGUCACUACGACUUCAUCGCAUUAACGGAAACAUGGCUUGACGAUCGCACCUUAACUUCCCACCUGUUUGGAGCCGAGUAUGAGGGUUUCCGUUGCGAUCGCGGCCCUCAAAACAGCCAAAAGAAGACCGGUGGAGGUGUACUCAUCGCUGUCCGUUGCAGCUUGAAGCCCCGGCAAAUCGUCGACGCGGCCUGGAACAACCUCGAACAAGUUUGGGUAUCGGUCCAGUUAUCCGGUCGAAAGUUAUACAUUUGCGUUGUUUACUUUCCACCGGAGAGAACACGCGAUAAGCAGCUAAUCGACACUCACAUCCAGUCCGUUUUAGCUAUCCACGAUAGAGUAAAAAGGUGUGACGAGAUCGUAGUCAUUGGAGAUUUUAACUUGCCUAAUUUAUACUGGGCCCCUAAAAGAAGCGGUUUCCUUUAUCCCGAUCCGGACCGCUCCAACUAUCAUGCUUGUGCACUUAAUCUUCUCGAUGGAUACAACGCCGCAAUGCUCGAGCAAAUUAAUAACAAUGUGAACGAGAACGGACGCUGCCUUGAUCUUUGUUUUGUCUCCACUAGAGACAUCGCACCCAGGCUAACCUUUGCUCCGGCACCAUUGGUUAAAACAGUUUCCCACCAUCCGGCUCUUCUUCUUGAUUUUGAUGAGCAGAAUAGCCUAGACUAUCAGGAGCCUGUCCAACAGCCUCGUUAUGACUUCAAGCGUACUGAUUACGACGGAUUGCUAGAAGCACUGCUAAUUUUUGACUGGGCUAAUAAUCUUAAUCCCACUGAUGUUGAUAUGGCUGUAGAUGAUUUUCUUUCCAUUGUUACCGGAAUGAUUGCCCGUUUCGUCCCACGAAAGAGAGUACGACCCCACAAAUAUCUUCCCUGGCAGUCAACAGAACUAAGACGCUUGAAACGAAUUAAGAAUGCCACAUUCAAGAGAUAUUCUGCAAGUGGUACGUUAUCUUUGCGAAAUCAUUACCGGUCAGUUAACCAAGAAUAUAAAACUCUAAGAAGACGGUGCUACGCCAAUUAUAGGCGGAAAAUUGAGAGAAAAUUAAAAACCGACCCAAAACAGUUCUGGAAUUUUGUGAAUGCUCAGCGGAAAGAAACGGGACUUCCGUCUGUCGUGGAACUUGCUACUGAAAAAGCUGACAAUUCGUCCGAUAUUUGCCGACUAUUUGCUGCUAAAUUUGCAAGUGUUUUUGUCGAUGAAUCUCUUACCACUACCCAGAUAUCCGCAGCCGCCAGCAAAGUCGCCCUUUCAAGUAGCUCCAUCGCCUCGAUCGAUAUCGACGAUCGCGCAAUUCUUGCCGCUGUGACUAAGUUGAAAAACUCUAACUGGUCCGGCCCUGAUGGGAUCCCUGCCACAUUACUGAAAAAAUGCAUUCCUGGACUAGUAACUGCCCUUACGCAUUUGUUUCGCCUAUCAAUGUCCUCUGGAAGAUUCCCCUUAGCUUGGAAACAGGCGUACAUGUUUCCGGUACAUAAAAAGGUGAUCGUAGCAAUAUUGACAACUACAGAGGAAUAUCGGCAUUGUGUGCUACAUCUAAAUUGUUCGAGUUAG